AAUAACUGGUGCCACCGCGAUAUUGUUAUUUGCGGUUCUGUAACCGAUUUCGUAUAAAAGGUCGUGUAGGAAGUGGAAGAAUAUUAGUCACAUCAGAGUAUCCAUCUUAAACACUACGAAUAUCAAUAUAUUGGCAAGUUUUAAAUAUGAAACUGAUCGCUUUAUUAAUAACACUCGCGCUUGUUCUUCGACGGACAUAUGGUUAUUACAUUCCACAAAACGAAUUGAAACCUGCUAAAAAUGACUGGAAUAUUUUUAAGCAAAAAUUGGGACUAUCUGCGGAUAAAGUUGAACUUUUAAAAUCUCAGAAGAAUCAACAAUAUACAAUGAACCUUGUUAACCGCUUUAUUGAAGAGAAUCCCAAAUAUGUCGCGAUCCAUGAGAAAAGUGAAAAUCAAGAGAAAAAAAUCGACAAUUUUUCGAAUUUUUAUCGUUCAUUAGUAAAAAAUUUGCCGUCAUCUAAGCACACGCUAAAAACAUCAUUAAACUUUGAACUGAAUGAUGAUGAUAAAAAAUCGGGUGAAGACCUGAAACGUUCGAGGCGAAAAAUCGCUGUGAGAAUGGUUUCAGAUAUGCCGGUGGAAAGAAUUGAUGAGUUACUUACCCUCUUCAAUCGUAAACAUGGUAUUGAGGAUACAAAUUUAAGGGGAUCUGAAGAGGUAUCCGAAACAAAUGACAUAAUUGAUUAUGAUAGUACAAUCGAACAAACUGCAGCGUCAUUAUCAUCAACUUCAGAUGCAGAUUAUUUAUAUGAAAAUUUGUAUGAAGACGAUCAAGAUGCCUCAGAUUAUUUAAAAACUUAUAACAAUUUAGAAUUCAAAUCACUUCAAGAUCUUAUAUUACAAGCGAAUAAAGGACAAUGGAAGUGACGCCUGUGUGAAAAUAACUCCAGCUUUGAUUAACAAGGAAAAAAAGUGCAAUAAGUUUAUUUAAAUUAAAAGUUCUGAUAAGCAAUAAAAUAUAAGUAUGUAUAUAAUAUAUAAUG